AUGUCAUCUAUUAGGAAAAUUCCAAUCCUUGAUCUGAAGCUCGCAGAUGAUCCUGCAAAGCGAGGGCUACUUCUUGACCAGUUGCGUGACGCAUUGUUCAACGUUGGAUUUCUGUAUAUCUGCAACCAUGGAGUCCCACAAGAUAUAAUCGAUGCUCUGUCAAGUAAGCUUCCGACGCUCUUUCAUUUGCCCCAACAAAGAAAGAGGGAGUUGUCCAAAACCAAAUCACCACAUUUCCUUGGCUUCAGUGACUACGCACAGGAGACAACUCAGGGAAAGCUCGACUUAAGGGAGCAAUACGACAUUGCCACUGAACUACCCGAGGUGUACCAGAAAGAUGCCACACCGAACGAACGUGGAAGAGAUUUCUCAAAAUUAUUUGUCCACCUCGUGGAGGAGGCUUUUAGCAUUCCUAUCGGGACAUUCGAUAGCUUCUUCAACAAAAACUCCGAUUCCGCCGUCUCUGAUUCUACAACUGCGAGCGACUUCCUUUCGCCCCAGCAUCGGCUCAGAUUCAACUUCUACCCAGCAAUGCCUCCAGAGCAGGAGGGUCAGGGUGUGGGCCCACACAAAGACAUGGCAGGGUGGCUCACCUUUCUACACCAGGUCGGUACUGAACGCGCGCUGGAUGUGCAAGACAGGGAUGGCAGCUGGAUCCCCGUAGACCCGAUCCCUGGCACCCUGGUUGUCAAUUUAGGGUAUGCAUUUGAGGCGGCCACCGAGGGUGCUGCCAGAGCAACAGUACACCGGGUAAGGGCACGUUCACAGAAAGACAGAUAUUCUAUUCCAUUCUUUAUGGGUUUGCCGCUCGACCUUAAACUGUCAGAGGUUCAGAAUGUCAUCCCAGAGAGCGUCAGGGCGAUGAGACGCAAGGAGCUUGAGAAUGGCGAAUGGGCUAUAGAUAAAAAGAUUGAAACCUUCUUGGACCCGAGAUGGGAUAGCAUCGGCGAAUCGGUGCUCAGGAGAUUCAUCAGAGGGUACAAGAAAACUGCUCUAAAGUACUAUGGCCAGGAGGUAUAUUAGUAUUACACUCAGUGAGGUGGUGCAGAGAAUGCAUGUUUAUGCUUUUAUAGCAAGUCCUGAUAGUGAUAAUUCAUGAAACCAAUGCG